GCCGGGGUGGAGCCUGCUGUCCCCUCCGGCGUCCGGCCGCGCCCGUCCUCCGGGCUGCGGCGAGACGCCUGGCUGCCGUUGCGGCCAACCGGAGCUCUCCCUCCGCCGCUCUGCCACGGUGAAGCUGAGUGGACUGAGCUCCGACCGUGGGGUUGCCAGCUUCCUCUCCCUUGCGGGGGCGUCGAACUCGCGCGUGCGCAGCGCGUGAGGGAAGGGGGCCGGGACCUCCUUGCUGACCAGGGCAGGGCCACCGGACAGCCGGAGGUGAAUCGGGAUGAGCUUCCCAGCGCUGCAGUUCCACUGAGAAGGAAGCCCAGCGCAGAGGGUCGCCGGUCGGCCGCAGUGCGUGAGGCCAUGGCGUUCCUGACCGGGCCGCGUCUUCUGGACUGGGCUAGCUCGCCGCCGCACCUGCAGUUCAAUAAGUUCGUAUUGACCGGCUACCGGCCGGCCAGCAGUGGCUCGGGCUGCCUGCGCAGCCUUUUCUACCUACACAACGAGCUGGGCAACAUCUACACACACGGGCUAGCCCUGCUGGGCUUCCUGGUGCUGGUGCCAAUGACCAUGCCCUGGAGUCAGCUGGGCAAGGAUGGCUGGCUAGGAGGUACACAUUGUGUGGCUUGCCUAGUGCCCCCUGCAGCCUCUGUGCUGUAUCACCUCUUUAUGUGCCACCAAGGAGGCAGUCCUGUGUACACCCGGCUCCUUGCCUUGGAUAUGUGUGGAGUCUGCCUUGUCAACACCCUUGGGGCCCUGCCCAUCAUCCACUGCACUCUGGCUUGCAGACCCUGGCUUCGCCCAGCUGCCCUGAUGGGUUACACUGCACUGUCAGGUGUAGCCGGCUGGAGAGCUCUCACUGCCCCCUCCACCAGUGCCCGGCUUCGAGCCUUUGGUUGGCAAGCUGGAGCCCGCCUGCUGGUGUUUGGGGCCCGUGGAGUGGGGCUGGGCUCCGGGGCUCCAGGCUCCCUGCCCUGCUACCUGCGCAUGGACGCACUGGCUCUGCUUGGAGGGCUGGUGAAUGUGGCACGCCUGCCAGAGCGGUGGGGGCCUGGUCGCUUCGACUACUGGGGCAACUCCCACCAGAUCAUGCACUUGCUGAGUGUGGGCUCCAUCCUCCAGCUCCAUGCUGGGGUUGUGCCUGACCUGCUCUGGGCUGCACACCACGCCUGUCCCCCAGACUGAGCUGCCUCCUAGCUGCCAAACCGGCCUGCCCACAGCUUUCUGGACAAAUUCCACCACCUUUCCUCCUGCUGGUCUGCAAGGGGCUGGUUCCCUGGGAGAACCAGCACAUGGGACUUCCUAGCUGGGAGACCACUCUUCAUUCUUCCCCAUGGAUUCACUUCUUGCACCCAGGCCUUCAAACCCCAGCUUCCCCUCUCCUUGUCAUCUUCCCUCCUGGGCACUGUUUUGCUGUCAUUAGAAGGAAACCAUUUCCCCCCCACCCCCCAAUUUACCCCAUUUAAUCUGUGAGAGUCUCGGACAGUUGAGUCCUGCCAACUUACCAAGCCUCCAGCCCAGAGCCACUGCCCCUAUGUUGCUGUUCCCAUACAUAACUACACCUCCUGCUCCUGGAUUCUUGAGCUAGCUGCUCUGACCCUGCUUCCUGACCUCCAUCUUCCUGCUCUGCAUGCCAAACCUCUCAGCAGCCAGAAUUUUGCUGUCCCUGUCAUUCCUGCAGUGAGGAUGCAGAGGAGUGGGACGAGGCUUCUCUCAGAGCCAAGUGGACAUUGGUCCUGCUUGUAUCAUCUGGCCAGGAGACAGGAGGGGAGCUGCUGCUUUCCCUAGGCAACAGGCACAGCUGUGGAAUGGAGGCCUUGGAUUCGGGCUUCACUGGACCAAGGACUCAGCUCUUCAGUGCCAUGGUCUGACUGACCUGCCCCCCAGAGACGUGUGUGCUCAGGAAAUCUCUACACAGCCUGCUGGCCCAAGGGUACCGCCUCACAGCCAGAUCAUCCCAAAGGCCCAAGACCCUAGGCAACAUCAAUAAAGGGACAAGAAGAGCUAUGCUGCCACAUGAGCAACCUUGGGUGUUCCCAAGACGCAUUACUUUUUAUUAGAUACGGAAGUUUCAGGGGAAAUGGGCAAGACGGUCAGAGGUUUUAAAGCAUCAAGGCUGUCUGGACCUGUGCUCAGGCUGGGUCUAGGGAAUCCUCGAACAGGCUGAGGAGGUUCCUUGGCUCAAAGGUGGGGCAAGGACCUCUUGGAGGCUCUGAGUCCAUAUCAGUUAGGUCCAGGGCAUCCCUUGAGGAGAAGGAAAAAAAAAAAAAAUAAGACACUGGAUCCUAAAGACAACUGUGCCCAAGCCUAGACCCCGGGCUUGCUCACCUCCUCACCUAGGUAUGUACCUGCCCCGAGGGGUAGAGGUUCUUCUAGUGAUCCGCGACAGGAUGGUCUCUGGGGAGAGUGAGGGACUACAAGAAAGAGGACAAGCAGGGUGGUGAGGGUUGGGCAAAGUAGGAUAUAAACAGCCCCGCUCCUCCCUGUUUCAGGCCUCUGCUUGGUGAAGGGACAAGGCCACAACUGAAAUAAACACUGGCAGCUGACAAGUUC